AUGGCAGGCAGUGUGUAUGUGGGCGAGCGGAGAACGACCAAGGUCAUGUUUGAUUGGCCCAACAUAACAGUGCCCAGCUCUUCAGAGCAGGGUCUGAAACCAGGAGACGGGGAUCUGCAGAGGUCUACAUGUGUCCUGGGCUUCUUCCCUGUCAUCUAUUAUAGCUCCCUCCUCUGUGUGGGAGUACCAGUAAACAUACUGACUGCAGUGGCUCUAUCCCGGCUGGCAGCCCGUACUAAGAAGGCUAUGCAUGUGUACCUGCUGGCUCUGACAGGCUCUGACAUCCUCUCCCAGCUCUUCAUUAUCUUCGUGGGCUUUCUGCUAGAAACAGCUGUGUUCCACCGUGAAGUCCCCACCCUCCUCCUGCGCUCGGUUAGCAUGGCAGAGUUUGCUGCCAACCACGCCUCUAUCUGGGCCACCGUACCCCUAACUGUGGACCGCUACGUGGCACUGUGCCAUCCGCUCCUCCACCGCCAGAUCAGCUACCCGGCACGAGCGUGGCGGAUUAUCACUGUCGUCUUUUCCCUGGCGCUGUUGUCAGGCAUACCAUUCUUCUGGUGGUCUGACAUGUGGCGCGUUGCCCGCCCGCCCACCUCCCUGGACUCUGCCCUCAUAUGGACACACGUUAUGAUAAUCUACUUCCUGCCGUGUAGCAUCUUCCUGGUUCUGAACUUGCUGAUCAUUCACCGGCUGCAGGUGCGGCAGAGACAGGUCCCGUGCAAGGAGGAGCGUGGUGGUAGCGGGGCCCGGUUGGCUCCGCAGCGGUGCCUGGGUAAGAGCACCGCCAUGCUGCUCGCCAUUACCUCCGCGUUCGCCAUCCUUUGGGCCCCCAGGACUAUAGUGGUCAUCUAUCAUCUAUACGUGUCCUCGGUCCACAAGGACUGGCGGGUCCACCUUGCCUAUGACCUAUCUAACAUGCUGGCCAUGCUCAACACUGCAGUCAACUUCUUCCUCUACUGUUUCGUCAGUAAGCCAUUCAGAGCAUCCGUGAGGGAUGUUCUGUUGCUCAGGGGGGGUCCGUGGUACCACCGAAGGAUAAUCCACAACCAGCAGGCCCAAGACAAAGCCUCUACGUCCUUGCUGUCUAGCGGGACAAACGCUCACACCGAGACUACCAACCGCAUCCCCCUAACACCCUGCAGGGCUAACGAGACCAUGUGACCCUGACCUUGAUCCUUAAUCCUGAGAUGAGACCCCUCUAAUUGAGACAAACCCCCUCGUCCACCCCAUCUCUCCAUCCCCUCUAUUAUGCCAUUCCUCCAGCCCAUGAACAAUAUGACUUCGACCUUAACUAUGGGACCUCCCUAAUUGAGACAAACCCUGUACCCUCUUCCCUCCUUCUCCUAUUCCAUGCCUCUAUCCGUCCCCUCCAUCCCCCCAUUCCACUGUCCCCCCAACACCCCAUCACAGACCAAGUGACCUUGAAGUUUAGACACCCCCUUAAUUGAGACCAAACCCUCCACUCACCCCAUCCCCUCAUCCCACGAACCAUGUGACCUUCACCCUGAGACCCCAGAUCAACUCCCUUUACCCAUCCUCUUAUUGCCCCAUCUCUCUAUCCCUCCAUCCCACCAUCCAUCCCCCUAUCCCACAAUUGCCCUAAGCACUUAUGACCUCUGAACCACAGAGAACCACAGAGUGCAUUCCAGCCAUGUUCCGUGGACAGCUGCCAAUCACCCUUUGAGGUGAACAUUCUCAAAGGGCCUUUUCCUGAACUGUUGUUGGGCUCAAAACAAGCAGAAUGUUUUCUGAUUCAACAUGUUAUUUAUUAUGUCUAGUGGGAAUCAGAGAGAAGAGACGCUGUGAAAAGAGAUGAUGCUUUCAUCAUGUGCAUGCUACUUAAAGUGAAUGGCUCAUCUAUCUACUUACACAUUGAGCAUAG